AUGCCGGACACAUUUCCGAGUAUGUUGGAGCGUGUGCUUCAGCAGUCGCAGCAGCAGCUGUACUCGGAGCUGCUGGCUUUGCUGGAAAGACAGACGAGUCAGACGAGCGAAGACUUGCAGAGAAAUGGAUUAAAUGGGUUGCGAGACGCUGCAUCUCCAAUGCCACAGCUGGGGACCCUUCCAAACUGCCGACAGCUCGAUGGACUGCAUGGCAUCACUGCAGAGAAGACCGAACCCAUUGGAAUGGUGUCGAAUGUCACCGAUUCCUCACCCGAGCACACCGUGAGUGGAAGAAGGUCGCUCACAUACGAGCUUGCGAUAAAGGCCAGCGCGCCAUCUGAGGCGGACGCAGACAAGCUAGCAUCAAAGAGUAUGUCGUUGACCGAUGUGCUCACGACCGAAGUCGGUGCCAGUCAGGGACGCAUUGGAAAGCUGGUCAGCUCUUGGCAGUUCGAAGCAUUCUUUGCCGCCGUGAUCCUUACAAACUCAGUUUUCAUCGGAGUUGUGAUUCAAUGGGAGUCUGAGAACAGUUUCGCAGGCACACCCGACUCUAUUUAUGCAGUCAGCAUCGGCUAUGGUAUUCUGUUCACGGUGGAGCUCCUCUUGAGAAUGAUUGCUGCAGGUCCUUGGAGCUUUUACUGUAAUGCAAAUUGGGCAUGGAACGUGUUUGACACGCUGAUUGUCGCCAGUGUUCUUUACGAGUUCCUGGUGGACACAGGGGGCCAGUCUACAAGCAUGAGUAGCAACUUGCGAGUCUUGAGAGUUGUGCGGCUCACACGGCUCACGCGCAUCGUCCGGGUGUUCCGAGUGGCACGAUUCUUGAGACCUCUUCGCACUCUUGUGCAGUCCAUUCUCGGUACCCUGAGGGCCUUAAUUUGGGCGAUGCUACUUAUGACACUGAUCAACUAUGUUUUUGCAGCCAUUUUCACGGAUGUUGUGGGCAAUUACAUGUCCGACACGUCCCAGCUGGAAACCAAAGCCGCUUUGGUGCCACUGUUUGGAACCCUGCAAUCUUCUUCGCUGACGCUUUUCAUGUCCAUCUCUGGUGGGCUGUCCUGGUUUGAUGCAGUCCAUCCUCUGAAGACAAUAGGAUGGCUGUGGGUCUAUGUUUAUUGCAUCUACAUUGCGUUCUGCCUGUUUGCGUUACUCAAUGUCAUGACUGGUGUUUUCUGCAAUGCUGCUAUACGCGGGGCAGAGAGAGAUGCAGAAAUGGCAGUGCAGACGCUGAUGUUGGACAAACAACGGCUGGAUGGUUUGCUGGGGAAGCUGUUCCAAAAGAUGGACAGCGACGGCACUGGAAAGCUUGACAUCACAAAGUUCGAAGCAUAUUACCGGGACGACGAAGUUCGGGCAGUUUUUGAGGCCUUGGAUCUCGGUGCACAUGAUGCUUGGACGUUUUUUCAAAGUCUUGAUUACAAUGAAGACCACCAGAUCGAAGCGAGCGAAUUCUUGGACGGCUGCGCCAGACUGCGGGGGCCGGCAAAAGCUGUGGACUUGUUCGCGUUGCGGACCCAGACUGCAAAAAUCCGAAAAGAGCUUGAGGUGGUCGUUGGCAAUCAGCAGAGAUUGGUUGAGGUCAUCGCUCAAGACAGACAGUAUGCGCGAAGCGGAAUCAGUCCCUUCACCACCAAACUGCGAUUGUGA